AUGUUCCCCUCUGAUGUGUAUGCUGCGUCCCUUCACGUGGUCAAUAAAGAUCUGGGUAGAACCACUCUGGCUGAGGCCACGGUGACCCUGUUCCUCACCACGGUGGUGUGCAUGGGGGCCGUCAACAACCAAACCCGAUCCCCGUGGGUUCCUCUCUGCAUCGGCCUCACUGUGACCGCCAACAUAUUUGCAGGGGGGAUGUUGUCUGGAGCCUGCAUGAACCCGGCCCGAGCCUUCGGUCCAGGUGCAAACCACUGGAGCCAUCACUGGGUCUACUGGGUCGGACCCGCUUGUGGCGCGCUGCUCACUGUCAGCUUCAUCAGGUUGCUGUUUGGUGACGAGAAGACCCGGAUUGUGUUGAAGUGAACGUGUCAUUCAUCAAAGGGGAGCGCGAGGACAUCCUGGCCGACUUGAUGACAGGGUGUUCAUUUAAAUCUUUAUACCAUACUCCACAAUUAAACUGUGAUAUCUUCAUUUGUCAGCAGAAUGCUUGCAAAUGUAUUUCCCCUUGAACCGGUGAGAAUUGUUGGCACCUGCUCAAUGAAAUGUUUGUAUUUCCAGAUUCAAUAAAGUGUUUGAUGGUAUGAUAGUGAUCUGAUAGUAUACUCCUAAC